AUGCCUUUUCACCAGAGGAGCAUUGAACCGCGGCGUGUUGCGAGAUUAUCCAGUAGCAGGGAUGGCUGUGGGAAAGUGGGGGACCAAAGCGGAGGACGCAAGCCGAAGAAGCCGGUGUUGUUCUCGGCUCUGGACGAGGUUAGUUGUCACGUCUUGAUCAAUUUGAUCCAUCAACUUUCGGAUCUGUCACGCCAUGCCAGCGACGUGUUCCUGGGCAUCGAGAUGGAGGCGGGGAUGGUGUUCCGGAGGUCCUGUCGGAUCCAGGCUCGGCUGCAGGGGUUACAAGGAGCAGCGCGACACCUCGACCACAAGAAAGUCAAAAUACGUAAGUUCACUGCAGGGUUUAAAGAUCCACUGCGUAACUUUUAUGGUGGAGGCUCUCUGCUACUUGCCAAAUAA